CGCAUGCGUCCAUCACUAGGCGCCCAAACCAUCACUCUGACUCAACGACGCUUCCGAGAUGUCCUUGCCAGUGGGCACGAUGCAACCCCGGAUGUACUGGCUAGGUUCUAUAUCACCGGCGCCGAAGAUCUUCGGCUUGCCCUAUGAAUCCAUCUCAUCGUUAUCGCCGCCGUCCCUUCUCCGCUUCGUUCACUUAGAUCUCACCGUCAAGCGACCAGCAACAGCUAGAUAUUAUGGCGAACGCACCCCUCGCAGGACCGCCCGCAUCGUUCGACCCGUCGUCUGAGGCGGGACGCAAGCUCAAGGUCCGACCGUCCACCGAGCGCGCGGUGGCGGUCUACUGCGCGUCCUCGCUCGGAAAGUCCAAGGCCUUCCAGAACGCUGCAUUAUCCGUCGGCCAUGCGCUCGCAGAUGCAGACCGCCCGCUCGUGUACGGAGGUGGGAACACGGGUCUGAUGGGGACCGUGUCCGGCGCUGUGCUCGAGCACGAGAACGGGAGGGUGAUCGGCGUUUCGCCGUGGGCGAUGGUCGAUGCUGAGGGGAGAAGGACAAGGGCGAUCAGCCUGUCGCUACGUCCGAGGAGGUUGCGAGUCUAUGUCAGUACGAUGCACGAGCGUAAGGUCGAGAUGGCGAAACGCGUUGGUAGCUUCAUCGGCCUCCCGGGCGGGUUCGGGUCUUGGGACGAAAUUCUCGAGGUAGUCACUUGGAACCAGCUUAACAUCCACAACAAGGCCGUCGUGAUCCUGAACGUGUGUGGCUACUACGACUCCCUGCGAAGCCUCAUCAAGCGAGGGAUUGCGGAGGGGUUCAUCCGCCCCGAGAGCGAAAACCUCGUGACGUUCGUCGACGGCCCGGAGGACCAUGCCGAGCACGAAAUGUUUAACUGGGGCAAGGCCGCGAUCCACGCGAUUGAGUCGUGGGACGCAGAGAGCAUUCGCGCUUAUCCUUUCCAGUGGCUCGACAACGUCGACACUAGUGCCCCGGCCGCUAGUUAGCUCGCCGGGGGUGUCUCGGGUUCGGCGGGGGCGCAGUAGCGAGCCUUUGCGCUUGUCAGGAAAAGUUCAUCAUCGGUGCCAUAGCCGCAGACGGGAUACCUCAUUGAUAGAACCACAGAGGACCAAUAGGAUGGUAUCUUUUGGAUGACAGGGGUAUAGUAUGUUUGCGCCUCAUGACAAAGAGCUAAUUCCGAAAAAGAAGAACGAUGUGGGGAGGGGAACAUUCUUUACGCGGCUUCUUCCAGAAGGCCGGAAACUGUGUUUGUUACGGAAACGUUUUGCCUCGCUGUGAUGCUAGGGCGCAUGAGGCGGCUCUUGAUUACUUCCGUGAGCGCUCUGAUAACACGAUGCAGGGAUCAGCCUAACCAAGCCCCCUCGUGACACGGGGCACUUUGCGAAUACGUAUGACGGCGGCUAUGACGAG